UAAGUCACAUGACUCCGGUGCUUCUGUCGCCCCCUGUCGGUCACAGCUCGCAGCGGCAGGUAAAAGGCGGGGCCACUCGUAUUUGUGGCAGUUACCUGAGAGAGCAACGAGAUUAAAGGACGCUGCUGGCGGCGUCCAUUUUAAUCUACACAAAAAGAAAACAAGAUGGUGGAGCAAACAAGACGGUCGACUCGUGUCGUCACCUUCCAGGCUGGACCUGGCGAGGUGGACACCGGCACCCAGUUUGACGUGAACCUCAGGAUCAGCGACGUUGCUGCACGAGCCUUUGGCCGACAGUUGGCCGUAAUCGGAGACCAGCUCGACCGCGAGUUUUCCAGCCGACCACCGAACCAGCUGCCGACCCCUCUGCAGCUGCUGAGGCCUGCCCAGGACCUGACGAGGACCAUCUAUCGAGACAUCCACAGUCAGUUAUCGGGCCUCCAGGGCUUGUCGGAUGCGGUGAAGGCCUGGAUAGCGAGCGCUGCGCCUGGACAGGGGAUCCUCAAAGCUGAGGCCUUGACAGCCUUGGUUUCCAGUUUUAAACCAGUAACCUGCCCUGGCUGGACCAGAGGAGCUCUUGCGACCGCGGCCCUGGUGGCUGCGGUCACCAUUCUGGGCGCACUGUGGAUGGAAGGGGAAGACUGAAAGGGACACAAGCACAUCUUCUCAGCCUUUAUAUGUUUGAUUUUUUUUUUUUUGUUUUGUUGUUUUUUUGCAAAUGUGUGACAACUAUUCUGAUUUUUUUUCCCAGCUGUUUACUUUACUUCUCCUUUUAUACUAUUUUAUGAGCGGUAUUGAAGUUAAUGGCAAAGACUGUGAACAGCCUCUUGGGCAAUGAAGGGGGAAAUAAAUGGUAAAAAAAUGAAUCUGGGGAUUGUUUAAAUCAGUUUUAUAGAGUUGCCCAAGGAGUUGGUCGGUAUAUUGUAGCGGUGACAUGUUGGUUCUCACUUGUAUUAACGUGGGAAAAGCAUGAUCGCCAUGACCGGACUGUUGCUGGCCUGCAGUCUUUUGUAUCCAAAUUAGUUUCUUACUGGUUUAAGAGGCCAAGGUUUUUACAAAUGAUAUGUCGCCUUGCUUAGUAUAAAAUGAAGGGAGCUGGACUUUCUGUUGCGGAUUUAAAAAUGCUUUUUCAUGUCAUGCAAAUAAACUUCGUAAUGAUGAAAA